CCUGAAACCUGAGCAAGUUUAAGUGGAAAAUGUCAGAGAAUUUUCAGUGUACAAUGUACAUUUCACACAUGCUCUGGAGGCAGCAGGGGGUGUAGUGUUUAGGGCUGUCUUUUGGCAAUUUCAAGGUUCCUGGUUCCCUCCUUUUGCUAUAGUAACCUUGGUGAAGGUACUUAAUUAUUGCAGGAAAAUUACAUAACUAUUAAUGCAUCUGUAAAUGCUGUAGCUUUGAAUACAAGAUUACUCUAACUUGCUUUGGACUAUGGCGUCAGCUAAAUAAAGAUUAAUAUAAUAAUAAUGGUGAUGGCAAAAUCCAAGUAAUCGCACGCGCAGUGUUCUGCCAGGAGCCGGUUCUUCUGGCUCCUAUUGCGUAACCCCGCCAUUCAGGCGGCAGAGGCACGUGGCAGCCACGAGGGGCGCUGCUGCGCGGGCCCGCGACCAGGUGCUGCUGCUUAUCACUCGCUCGCACGUGCCGCGCGCAAGAAUGUCUCGGACGGACUGGUCCCGCAGGUUUGGGGUGGGGAGGCCUUGGGAGGCUCCGGCUAUAAGAGCUCCAAGAGUGGGGGGCGCCCCCUGAGUGCAGCCGGACGGACGGUCAGUGUUCGUACACCAUGAACACACUGGGCGAGUUUUAAGCCCCCACGCAACCAGGAAGCCGGAUACUACUUUUUUUUUUUUUGUGUGUGUCUUACCUUUGGACCCUCGGAUGUUUUAUUUUUCCUCUCCUUCCAGUUUCCGAAGUAUCUUUCACUUUUCCCUUCUCCCCGUUUUAUACGGUACUGAGAAGAGAACUUUUGUGCGAAAGUUUCCAGCGUUUUCUCUCGGUUUUGAGUGAAUUAUUUGUCCAUAUCGCUACUGUGUAGCGACCGCAUCUCACCGGGUUCCUCAGCUGAGACGAUUGGCGCUCGAGCGGGAGACGGAGCUGCGGCGCGAGACUCGGGGUCGCCGCGUGUCGUAAUGGGGCGGAACAACAACGAGGCGCGCGCAGCCGGCGCCGCGAACCCCUUCGUGCACGAGCUCCGGCUGAGCGCCUGGCGGAAGCUCCAGGUUCUGCUUAUGGGUCUGGUGCUCUUCCCAGUGCGUGUUGCCUUGGCCGCCCUGCUUUUCUUGCUCAUGUGGCCCGUUGCGAAGCUGCGGCUCGCCGGCCUCUCGGCGGAGGAGAGGGCGCAGCCCGUGCGGGGGUGGAGGAGCUGGGUGCUGCACCCCAUGAUGCUGCUCCUCAGCCGUGCGGUGUUCUUCUCCCUGGGCUUCUUCUGGGUCAAGGUCAAGGGCCGCCAAGCGGCACCGAAGGAGGCGCCGCUGCUCGCCGUAGCCCCUCACAGCAGCUUCCUGGACAUGCUGAUUCUGUGUGUGGCUGGACUGCCCACCGUAGUGUCCCGCUCAGAAAACACCACCCUCCCUGUCAUUGGAGCGCUGCUGGAGUUCAACCAGUCACUGCUAGUGAGCCGGAAGGAUCCAGAAUCGAGAAGACGUUGCGCUGCACAGCUCAGUGAGAGACUGCAGUCCAAUGGUCGCUGGCCUCAGAUGCUGCUCUUCCCAGAAGGAACCACAACCAACGGUCAGGCGCUCAUCAAAUUCAAGCAUGGGGGGUUUGCUCCAGGAGUCCCCGUCCAGCCUGUACUGCUGCGGUACCCCAACAAACUGGACACUGUUCGCUGGACCUGGAAGGGGACAGGCUGGGUACAGGCACUGUGGUACACGACUUCUCAACUUUACACCAACAUCACUGUGGAGUUCCUGCCAGUAUACAGUCCAUCCGAGGAGGAGAAGAGGGACCCCACCCUCUAUGCAGAUAACGUCCAGAAGCUUAUGGCACAGAAGUUGGGGGUUCCUGCCACCGACUAUGUGAUGGAGGGCAAACUGCCUGUCUGGAAGUUGGGAUGUCUGUGUCUACCCUUGGAGCCCCCUGCCAGAAAAGCACUGACCAUUCUGCAGUGUACAGGCAUGUCGGACAUCAAGACUUUGGUGCAAAAGAUGAUGGACGCGUGUCAGCCGGGACAGGAAACGUGCAUCGGUGCACAGGAGCUGAGCUCAAUGUUGCAGCUGAAGGUUGCAGCUGCUGUGGAACUCUGUGGGCUCUAUUCCAAGGAUGAGCAGGUGGACCUCCGGCAGCUGGCUCUAAGCGUGGCUGCAGUCUCAGGUGUUUGGAACCUGGACAGUCUCAUUCAUCUUUCCUUCAGUCUCUUUGAUGGGGAUGGAAAGGGCAGCUUGACUGAGAAAGAGAUGAGCGACCUGUUCUCUGCGUUAUUGGGCUUCUCUCAGCGCCACGUUGCUGCGCUGUACCUGGAGGUGGCUGGUGCUGGACCGCCUACGCAAGAGGAUCUGGAGACGUUACUGAAAAAGCACCCCUGCUAUCGGAAACUAUUUACCGACUACCUCAACACUAACAAAAUUGGACAGUUCUCUUACAACAAGAAGAUCGAGAACCAUACAACCAACAGCAGAACAGAAGUGUAUUGUAAGAAAGCUGAUUGAAAGGACUGGGUUCCUGGGACCGUGAUUGUUUUAAUGUUGUAACAAUGGGCUCGGUGGACCUGAUCUGUCCUUUUAGUAUUUUAUAUUAAUGAGACUUUAAGUAUAUUUGUUUGUUUGGGUGAAACUCAGGAAUGUAUGGAUGCCCACUUCGGUGAAUGAAGGCAUUUACAAAAAUGUGUUUUUACCCCAAUGUCCCCGUAUCCUUCAAUGAAAUGCUGGAAGACUGGGUUUUCAGG